AUGCCCCCAGAACCAGCAGAGGAAAUCCAGCGUGAGGCUGAGGAAGCCGACAAUGCUGAGGAAGCCGAUGCCACAAGCUGGGUGGCCAGAAACAAAGCCUUUCGGCGAAAUGCCGCAACAUGGUCCUUGUCCAAUCCCGCCAGCCGCCUGGUGAUUUUGAAAAGUUGCAUGGCGGUUACAGCAAGCCUCAUCCAUCGAUGCCUGCAGAUCGGCAGCUCGGAGUGGGAAGCUGAGCAAGAGUUGAAGGCAUCUCGGGGACAGGCUCGCAGCUACCGCAUUCUUGAAGCCGCGUCUCUGCACGACCUGAAGGAUUUUUUCGCUGGAAUGUUCCGCCUGUUAUUGCAGCCUCCCCGGGGCCUUGCACGCGAGCAGCUGAACUCACAGAUCCUGGUACUGCUCUUCAGAAUGGUCUCACGGGCUGUCUGCGCCAUGCAUCAGUUGCUGCGACGUGCUCGCAGGUCCUACCCUUACAAACUAUUCACGGCCAUGACGGAGAACUGCUACCCCAAUGACCCGAGCUGCUUGCAUGACGAGCUCACCGCGCAGUUCAAAGCCUGGUUUCCUGAAUUCAAUGCAGAUGCAUCAGUGCACAUGCAGGUUCUUGCGCUGAGCAUUGAUUUAGAAAUCGCCGCCAUAGAGGCGAGACACGCUGCCUCCCGCAGACUUACUAUGUCUGCAGUGCAGCAAUGGGUCCCGGACAUGCAAGAGGUGUCAGCCAUUUGGACAUACCGGCAGGUUUCUUUGAGGGAGCAAGUUCUGCCAUCGCAGGGCCAUGCUACACGCGUCGCUGAGGAGUCUGACGCAGCCAAGAGGCGCAAAGGAGCAGGCGGGGCGUGGCGCGCGUUUGUGCAUGAGCGCUGCAAAGGGCAAAAGCUUUCAAUCGGCUUUGCAAAGGAGCUUUCCUCGGAGUACAAGAAUCUGCCUUUUGCGGAGAUGCAACGGUUUCAAAGGCUUGGCGUGUUCGCAAACCUUGCGUGGCGCAGUGGAUUUGCUAGUUUCGGCGACAGGGAACGCCAGCGAGGGGACAGGUCGAGGAUGCUGAGGGAUGUCCCGGCUGGGGGCGCGGGACAUGACCUUGAGAUUGCAGAGUUGCACGAUCUCUCGCUUCAAAUCCACAGCAUUCGUCAGGAAGCUGGCCUUCAGCGCAGAAAAGAAUUGUCUGCCGAGCGAUCCGAAAGAGAUGCGCUUGCGCGGGCGCGAGAAUCAGCUGUGCAGUCUUUCCCCGUGACUCGGUCAACACCCUAUAUCCGCAAUCCCCUCCCAACUAAGACCAAGACGGAAGUGGCGUAG